UUAAAACUGCGAGCGAGAGAGCUCGCAGACGCAUUUCUCUCAAAUUGAAAAUUUUCGCUCCCAAUUUUUGAACGUUCCCGCUCUCGGUUACGUGAGCUCCGAAUCCAAUCCAAGGUUUUGAUUUUCUCGCCGCUGAGAACUGUACGAUUCUAGGGUUCUCUGGUUCAAAUUGCUUCUCGCGUUCUUCCUGAUUUUCUUGGAAGAUGUUGGCGGAAGAGGAGAUUGUGAUGCGGGAUGUGACGAAUGCUGGGCUCGUCGUCAGCGACCGCAUUGGCCGAGAAGUUGCUUCGCAGCUCGACCUAGAAGAAGCUCUCGAAGCUUCCAGAUACGCAAGUCACCCGUAUUCUACUCAUCCCAGAGAGUGGCCGCCAUUGAUUGAAGUGGGCGAUACAUGGGAAUUACCUUCUGUGCUCAUUGAGAGAUAUAAUGCAGCUGGAGGCGAAGGCACCGCUCUGUGUGGAAUAUUUCCAGAGAUACGUCGGGCGUGGGCAUCGGUUGAUAAUUCUUUGUUUUUGUGGCGUUUUGACAAGUGGGAUGGGCAAUGUCCAGAGUAUAGCGGGGAGGAGCAGGCUAUUUGUGCUGUCGGUCUUGCGAAAUGCAGACCUGGAAUUUUUGUUGAAGCUAUUCAAUAUCUCUUGCUGCUGGCGACUCCAGUUGAGCUGGUUCUCGUUGGAGUGUGCUGCACUGAGGGACCUGAUGGUAGAGAUCCUUAUGCUGAAAUUUCGCUGCAGCCUAUGCCAGAUUAUACAAUAUCCUCAGAUGGAGUGACAAUGACAUGUAUUACGUGCACUGAUAAAGGCCGUAUUUUCCUAGCUGGACGUGAUGGUCACAUAUAUGAACUGCUUUACACGACCGGCUCAGGGUGGCAUAAACGCUGUCGCAAAGUUUGCCUUACCGCAGGUGUUGGCAGCGUGAUCUCAAGGUGGGUUGUUCCGAAUGUAUUCAAGUUUGGAGCUGUCGAUCCUGUAGUGGAGAUGGCUGUUGACAAUGAAAGGCAAAUUUUAUAUGCCCGCACUGAAGAGAUGAAACUUCAGGCGUACAUUUUUGGGCCAAAUGGGGAGGGCCCUCUUAAAAAGGUGGCAGAAGAAAGGAAUCUAUUAAAUCAAAGGGAUGUGAGCCAUGGAGGUCAGCAGUCAGCAGCUGCGAGGGGCACAGGUCGAUCUAGCAAGCCAUCUAUAGUUUGCAUUUCACCAUUGUCCAUGCUGGAAUCCAAAUGGUUGCACCUCGUUGCUGUGCUAUCAGAUGGCAGGAGAAUGUAUCUUUCCACCUCAUCAGGUGGAACUGGUGGAAAUGUUAGUUUCAGCGGGUUCAGCAACAACCGUCAAACUCCGAAUUGUUUGAAGGUAGUAACUACUAGACCAUCUCCUCCAUUGGGGGUCAGUGGUGGGAUAUCCUUUGGAGCUGCAUCUCUGGCUGGCAGAAAUCAGAAUGAGGAUCUUUCAAUGAAGAUUGAAACAGCAUAUUAUUCUGUAGGAACUCUUGUGCUUUCGGAUUCCUCGCCACCUACUAUGUCUUCUCUUCUUGUUGUGAGCAGAGAUUCAACUUCGCACACUCAUUCUGGCAGUACGGGACCAAGUUCAAGGAGUUCCCGGGCUUUACGGGAACUGGUGUCUUCUUUACCUAUUGAGGGCCGUAUGCUUUUUGUAGCAGAUGUGCUCCCUUCUCCUGAUACUGCUGCCACUGUGCAGUCAUUAUAUUCAGAACUUGAAUAUUGUGGACUAGAAAUCUCGGGAGAGUCAUAUGAAAAGGCUUGUGGAAAGCUCUGGGCUAGAGGUGAUCUCUCCACCCAGCAUAUCUUGCCGAGGAGGAAGAUUGUUGUUUUCAGUACUAUGGGCAUGAUGGAGCUGGUUUUUAAUAGGCCAGUUGAUAUCUUGAGAAGACUUCUGGAAUCCAACUCUCCAAGAUCAUUUCUAGAAGAUUUCUUCAACCGCUUUGGAGCAGGUGAAGCCGCUGCCAUGUGUUUGAUGUUGGCCGCUCGUAUACUCUAUACUGAAGAUCUUAUCAGUAACAUUGUGGCGGAGAAAGCAGCGGAAGCUUUUGAGGACCCUAGAAUUGUGGGAGUGCCACAGCUUGAAGGCAGCAGUGGAUUCUCAAAUACUAGAACAGCAACUGGAGGUUUCAGCAUGGGGCAGGUUGUUCAAGAAGCUGAGCCCAUCUUCUCAGGUGCUCAUGAGGGGCUCUGCCUGUGUACAUCAAGAUUACUAUUUCCUCUCUGGGAACUUCCUGUGAUGUCGAGAAAAGGCAGCUCUGGUUCGAUGUUUGAGGAUGGCGUGAUGGUUUUCCGACUUUCUAUCGGUGCUAUGCAUGUGCUUGAAAGCAAGAUUCGGUCAUUGGAGAAGUUUUUGAGGUCUAGACGAAACCAGAGAAGGGGGCUUUAUGGUUGUGUUGCUGGAUUAGGAGAUGUAACCGGAUCUAUUUUGUAUGGUAAUGGUACAGCUCUAGGAACUGAUGAGAGGACUAUGGUGACGAACUUGUUUGGAGCAUAUUCAAGGAGUAUUGAGUCCAACGGAGGCGGGUCGUCGAAUAAAAGACAACGAUUGCCUUAUAGCCCUACUGAAUUGGCUGCCAUGGAGGUAAGGGCAAUGGAGUGCAUUAGACAGCUGCUUCUUAGAUCUGCAGAAGCCCUUUUCUUGCUCCAGCUUCUUUCUCAACAUCAUGUUGCAAGGUUAACUCAGGAUCUAGAUGCAAACCUAAGGCAAGCUUUAGCUCAGUUAACAUUCCAUCAACUUGUUUGUUCUGAAGAAGGUGAUCAAAUUGCAACAAGGCUUAUAUCUGCUCUAAUGGAGUAUUAUACGGGACCCGAUGGUAGGGGGACAGUUGAUGAUGUUAGUGGGCGAUUACGGGAAGGCUGCCCAAGCUAUUUCAAGGAGUCCGAUUAUAAAUUUUUCUUAGCUGUUGAAUGUCUUGAGAGAGCUGCUGUAGCAUCAGAUGCUGAGGAGAAGCAGAAUCUUGCUAGAGAGGCCUUCGGUUUCUUGAGCAAAGUACCUGGUUCUGCAGAUCUCCGAACUGUUUGCAAACGCUUUGAGGAACUAAGGUUCUAUGAAGCUGUUGUCUGCUUACCUCUUCAGAAGGCCCAGGCUCUCGAUCCUGCAGGUGAUGCAUUCAAUGACCAAAUAGAUGCUUCCCUUCGAGAACAUGCUCUUGCCCAGCGUGAACAGUGCUAUGAGAUAAUUGUUAAUGCUUUGAGAUCUCUGGCUAGUUCCGUGCUGGACAAGGCUGUAAAGAGACAAUGUAUAUGCCAAAUUGUUCAUCUUGGUGUACAGUCAACUGACAAAGCAUUCAGAGAAUACCUAUACAAGGCCAUGAUAGACCUGGGUCUAGAAAACGAGCUGCUGGAGUAUGGAGGUCCAGAUUUGGUACCUUUUCUCCAGAACGCUGGCCGUGAGCUUACACCAGAGGUCCGAGCUAUGCCUUCUGGGGCACCUUCCCCGGGCCAAAUUGGAACACAGAUUCCUUUGAAUCAAGCAAAAUACUUUGAUCUUCUAGCAAAAUAUUAUGUGUCGAAGAGGCAACAUUUGCUUGCUGCACAUGUGCUUCUAAGGCUUGCAGAAAGACGUGCUCUUGAUUCAGGGGAUAAUCCUACUCUUGAACAAAGGCGACAAUAUCUAAGUCAUGCAGUUCUUCAGGCCAAGAAUGCAAGUAACAGUGAUGGUUUAAUAGGUUCAGUUCGAGGUGCUACUGAAAGUGGGUUGCUUGAUUUGCUUGAAGGAAAACUUGCCGUUAUUCAGUUCCAAAUAAAAAUAAAAGAGGAAUUGGAAGCUAUAGCUUCCAGGUUGGAGGCCCCAGUUUCCAUGCAGGACUCUGGCAAUAACGGGCCAGUACCCGACAGUGGUCCUAGUGCUGAUGCCAGUUUAGCAAAUGCAGCAAAAGAGAAGGCUAAAGAGCUGUCUUUGGAUCUGAAAAGCAUAACAGAGCUGUAUAAUGAAUAUGCUGUUCCGUUUGAAUUCUGGGAGAUCUGUCUGGAAAUGCUGUACUUUGCAAACUACACUGGUGACGCUGAUUGCAGCAUUAUAAGGGAAACAUGGGCUCGACUCAUUGACCAGGCUCUAUCACGAGGUGGGAUAGCUGAUGCAUGUUCUGUGCUGAAGAGAGUGGGCUCUCGUGUAUAUCCUGGCGAUGGAGUUGUUUUACCCCUCGAUGUUUUGUGCCUUCACCUUGAGAAAGCCGCACUUGAGAGAAAGGAAACGGGUGCGGAGGCUGUGGGAGACGAAGACAUAGCAAGGGCUCUAAUGGGGGCUUGCAAAGGAGCGGCUGAAACUGUGUUAAACGCUUAUGACCGUUUAUUAUCAAACGCAGCCAUUGUGCCAUCUCCUAACCUCAGAUUACGUCUACUGCGGUCAGUAGUGGUGGUGAUUCGUGAAUGGGCAAUGUCGGCGUUUUCAGAACGGAUGGGCACAAUCCCCAACCAACGCCUACGAGAUAAGAUCGCCAAUGCUUCAAACAGGUACAUGACAGAGGUGAGGAGAUUGCCACUUCCGCAGAGCAGAACGGAGGCUGUCUACGCUGCUUUCAAAGACCUCGACGAUUCUCUCUCAUCUCCUUUCUCCUUCUGAACCUCUCUUCUCUUCUCGGCAUCUACUUUUGUAUUCCAUUCAUGCCUCAUUUUAAAAAAAAAAAAGAUUCGAGAGAGAGAGUCUGAUAUUUUUUUUUUUUAAUUUCUUUCCAAAUAAAAAUAGAUUUUGGGGCAUCUCUGUAAUAUUAUAACUCGGGGGGACAGAAAAGAGGGAUCAUUGUGUUUGUCGGCAUGUUGUUCUGUAAUCUGUUUCUGCCCACAAAAAGGGGUAUUUGUUAUUAUUAUUUGAUCUUUUUAGGUUA